GCGGCGUGGCGCGGCACGUGAAGGUCGCGGCGCGGCGGCCGCCGGUGGUACCGGUAGCACCGGUAUCGGGAUGGACGGGUCCGCCCCAGGGCUGGGCGCUGCCGACCCGCAGCUGCAGCGCUUCAUCGAGGUGGAGACGCAGAAGCAGCGGUUCCAGCAGCUGGUGCACCAGAUGACCGAGCUCUGCUGGGAGAAGUGCAUGGACAAGCCGGGCCCGAAGCUGGACAGCCGGGCCGAGACCUGCUUCGUGAACUGCGUGGAGCGAUUCAUCGACACGAGCCAGUUCAUCCUGAACCGGCUGGAGCAGACGCAGAAGUCCAAGUCGGCCUUCUCGGAGAGCCUGUCCGACUGAGCGGGACCCGCGCCCCGGGGGUCACCGGCCACCCCCCGCCGGCUCCUGGUCCCCGAAUGAGCCCACGGAGGCUCCGGGGGUUAGGGGUUAAUUCAAUGCCAGGCUCGGGGAAGUUGCAGGCAGAUGAGAGCCCACGGCAGAGGCACAGUCGCUGCUCCCCGGGGCAAUGCGCUGCUCCCGGCUCCUCGGGCCAGCAGCCGGCUCUGUGCUGGGACUCCAGGGCUCCCGGUGCUCCGCAGGGAGCGUUUGGAAUGCACCCAUUCGGCUGAAUGGAGGGGCGGUGAUGCUCACGUUUGGGGGUGCUCCCAGUGCUGAUGUGAACGUCAGUGCUGCAUGAGGCCAGCCCGUGACCGCUGCCUUAAUGGUGCUGAACAAAACGGACCCUCCUGGGUAGACAUGAGCCCUGUAGGUGUCAUCGCUGCUCAAUCUGGGAAAGGUACCCUUAGUGAGAAGAGCUUGCUGGGCACAGUGAGCAUCCCAGGCAGUAUCACUACUGGGGACUACUUUCCACAGGUAAAUCAUUCAUGUGGCCAAAGCGACAGGUUUUCACGCUGCAGCACAACUCUGUCAAUACUGACUCGCUCCAUUAACUGCUUUCCCCUGGUCAACGUAAUAAAUAUUAACUGGGUCAAUUUCUAA